AUGGCCACCGAGGCACCUCUUACCAUGGUUAUGCCGCAGCUUCACCAGCCGCGCAGUCGACCCAACUCGUUACUUCUUGUCCCCAACCAAUCCUAUGCCCCAGCCUCGCCCCGCGGAGGUAUUCUCCUCAACGCAAGGCCCAUGAGCGCAAGCUUCCUGUCGCCCAGCUCUGCUCCGUACUCUGGCGCCAACACACCACGCUCUCCCUCGCCCAGUCCAGCCGCAGCCGACUCUGGCAUGGACCGCAGCACAAGUGUAUAUUCAUCCCUCGGGUCCCGCAAGAUUCGAUUUGCGCCGCUUCCGGAACCCCGCAGAGAAGUCACUGUUGACCAAGACGGCACCGAAGUUCCGUGUGCAUCGACCUAUGCCCCCGAUGCAGCUGCCUAUCCUGUCCAGUCACCUGGUGCUGGUCCUUCAGUUGUCCUCGAUCGAACCGACUCGCUUGUUACCGAUUCGGGAGCGUCGACAAACAGCACCGAGCCCGAGACACAGAGCCAAAAGUCGGCCAAACGAUCCAAGCGUAACUCGCUCCUACGCCUCGUUGGGCUCGGGUCCAGUUCUUCCACCCUCACCAAGCGUGCAUCUACCGUUUCACUCCCUGGUUCAGCCUCGAUCGUUGGCAGCAUGUUCCGCACCACGUCUCGCGAAUCCUGGAGUGGCGAACCCUCAGGCUACUCUUCUGACAAUUCAGUCGCCCGUCGCAUGUCCUCGCCCCUUCGUCCCACAUCCAGCCGCCCAUCUUCCGGAUACAACUCCUUUGGUGCUCCACUUAUGCAUUCCACUUCGGACGGAACGGGCGCUCGCCCAACCCGUAUGCUCAAUGGUCGAGUCUAUGGCGCCCGUCGUGCUCGUGAAAGGCUCCAGCCUCAGCCCUCGAUGGAGCCAGAGUUCUCCGAGUGGGGAUAUGGCGGCAUGGGCAGCGUUAGCAAUGCUGGUCAGUACAGCAAACUCCAGUCGAAUACGUCCUCCCUUGGCGGUCGUGCAGCCGAUGACGACGAGGAUGACGGCAGCGGUAUGGGCUGGGUCCGAAAGCGCAAGGAAAAGAAAGAACGCGAGGAGCGGGAGAAGAAAGAAGCAGAGGAAGCUGCCGCCAAAGCUGCUCAAGCCCAGGCAGAGGAAGCAUCCAAUCCCCCGCGCACAUCUACUGAAACCGCCGGAUCAUCCACAACCGUCCAUCCCGACCGGUCUGAAACGCCUACUGCCCCCCAGACCCCUACUGGGACUGCUCCUCCCACUCGUGCCAAUUCUACAGUCUCUCCUCGUCCUCGCACCGUCUCGUCACCUCCGUCUCGUCAAAACUCGAUAACUACCGUGACCUCUGAUCGCCACCAUCCUACCGUUGUUUCCGUCCCCGUGCAUCGUGGCCGACAGGAAUCCGCUCUCAGCAGCAGUGUCGUCACCAGUCCCGAGACCAGCCCCGAACGCAGCAGUGGCUCUUCUCGCAGCUCGAGCUCUAGCGAUGAUGAGGACGAGUCCAGCAAUACCGGCCGCGAAGACGAUGAUGAGGAAGAAGAAGAGAACCAAAAGCGCAAGACUGCCUUGUCCGCGGGUGUCGAGAAAAUCAGCCGACACCAUUAA